AUCUAUGUCAACGGUCGUCUCAGCCUGUUUGCAUCGUUUGUAAUUCAGUCCUAGCGGGAUCCAAAUAACGGACAGAGUCAGCUGUAGCGCUGCACACGCCAACUCACGGUUUUCAGGUGCCAGAGGGCCAAAAGACUUCAUAACUCUGAGAAGUCAGGUGAAAUGGUGACGCUCCAUCGUUUCGUCCCUCUUCAGGACGACUGCGACACUCACGUGUUCACGUUCCUCGUCAGCUCGCCUCACGACAUCAAGGACGAGAACUCGGGAGAGUUCACGUACGCUUGCCAUAAAUGGUGCCUUCGUUUGGAAAGAAAGGACUAUGACAGAACUUUGGGCGCCUUUCUGUGCCUGCAGCGCGUUAGGAAGAGGGUUGUUUGUAAAGUAGAUUACGCACUGACCGUACUGCAUACUAAGGACGCUGCCAGGAACGUUUCUUUCCAAAGGAAGCAAUGUGAAUUCAUCCACGGCCACUCCUCACAAGGACAGAGAAGUCUCCUUCUAGAAGAAGAACUAAGACAGGGUUACGUAGAUUCUGACGGGAAUUUGACAGUAGAACUGAGAAUAGGAAACUGCAAAACAACCUUUGGUGCCAUUCUGGACAUUUUACCCAGAGGGCGCGCAGGCUUUCCCAGGUAUGACUCUUCUUAUUUCGAAUAUGGAGGGUUUGACUGGAAUAUCUCUGUUCAUCCAAAUGGAGAACACAUGGAAAACACUGACCAGAGCUACGUGCGGCUGAACAGACUGACUCAUUUUGAUCAUUUUUGCAGACUCAAAUAUCGUUUGACAGCCAGGUUCGCAGACGAGAAAAUUGACACUGGCGCGAAAGAGGAACUGUUUGAUUUUGGCGGGAAAGGAAGGGACCACCAGAUUGACCAAUCCCUCGGCAAGCUGACCAGAAGAGUUCGCUUGUUCCUGCAUGUAGACUUGUUUUCAGCCGCGCAUGUUAGCCAAGUCAAGGUUUACGCCACGGACUCCAUGAAAAACCGAGCCUUUCUCCGUGAUACUGAAAAACAGUGUUGGUGCAUUGAGAGUGACGUCAACAACACGAAACACGUCAAACUUCGGCUCAAAUACAUGGACGUUUUUCAGAUGCCGCCCGACUAUUCCCGCUAUGUUGCGUGGACUGCACGAAUCGUUGGGCCCGCCGGAGCCUAUCCGUGCAAAGGUGGUCCAUUCUCAGCGCUCUAUGUCAAGUGCGAAAAGGACGCUGGGCACGAGAUGAUCACGACGUUACCAACGGUGGAGGUGACGAGGAAGUCCAGUGGGUUACUGGACGUGUACGGGCGGCUGACGGUGCAGGUAGACCUUCUGACGUCACACAUGACCUACCGGCCAACCUACGGUACAACCGACACAGUCGUGUGGAGACAGUGUCAACAACUCAGGGAACAAGUCCAGUUCCAGGACCAGUUGUCCAGUGGGUCAGCUACAACCCGCCUGUCCGGAGACGGGUCCACUGGUCACCGACAGCCCAACUACUGGGCCAUGUGAACCAGUCAACCCAAGACUCACCUGUGACUACGUACCUGUAGAGGAGAUAUCCAUGGAUACGGGAUUCUGAUUGUUACACU